AUGAGACUCUUGCAAGCUGCCCUCCUGGUGGGAGCGGUGGCAGGAGCUUGCGAAGGUGCUAUCUUGCCCAUCAGACACGCCUCUCCUACAGCACAGGCUACUCCAGCAUGCUCCCCUGUCACGAUCUACGGCACAGUCACAAUCACAGAGGUGGUUGCCUAUGCUCCACCAACUAUCACCAUCCUCCAGCAAGACCCUUCUUCACAGGCGAAGUACAUGGCCUCAGUCGACACUGAUUACGUCAUGGAGCAGAGCCAGCUGGCCCCGGUCUCGAAUUCGAAAGACACCCGCAUUCCGGUCUUCACUCAAUCGGUCUUCGUCUCUGGCUAUGAAGCUACCGAGGUCGCUUAUGGAAACUCUGUCUUCUACUUGUCCGACCCCCCUUCCUACACUGGCUCCAGCUACACACCAGAACCAUCUAUCCUGGCUGAGGUGAUUACCGUGACUGUGUUGCCAUUCUCCAAGGCUGCGACGACCGCUGAGCACGAUGUCGAAACAAGCAGCAAUGGUCCCUCGGCGUUCGCGAGUCCCUCCAGCGGCUGGAACAUCACAUACUCGAAUUCAUCCAUUCUAGGAACUGGCACAGGUGGCUAUCCUACUGUGGGCACUGGAGCAGCCGGGUCUUCCAUCCUAGCAAAUGGAACGGGAGCAUCGGGCCCUCGCUCGAGUUAUGGUGCUGUCUCCACGGUCACGUUGACAAACAUUGUUCACACCAUCACUCAGAGCGUCACUGUCAAUGCCACGUCUGCUCCAGCAUCCGGGUAUAUUCCGCCCAACUACGGAUAUGGCUCAUCGAAGUCUUCAGAAGAUCAUGAUAAUGUGGAGAAGAGACAGACUUGCGUGUGGAUUACUGCUACCAUUGAUGGUCAAGAGGUUGGCUGGUGUAACAAUUGGGACGGGAGUAGGACCCUGACUUACACUUCUUGGGAAACUACCACGACUCCUACCUACAUUCCCGGCAUCGGGACCAUUGCAGUCGCGGGCACCACUCCAAGCGGCUCUGCGGAGCCCACCUUGACGAUUGAGACAUCAACGCCAGCGCUAACCCAGUCCUCGCCAUCAGCAAGUGCAAGUGCUUGCGGCCAAGUCGGUCCAUUUGAGAUUGGAUUUGACGACCUCCCAGCAUUCUCUCCAGUUGACAACAAUACUGCGGACUUUCCUCCGGUCUUCAAUCCUUACGAUCACUUUUUCUGGGGUGAUGGAUGGGCGUAUGUACCACCGCCAAAUGAGCCCUACCCACCUCAGUCAGGAGAUCGACUCGCUCAAUUUAUCCCUUCGCUUGCCAACAACGACACCGGCUCCCCAGAUGCAGGUCUCAUUCCACCCAGCUCAUUUGGCUGCGGCCCUCGCAACUAUGACAAUCGAUACUGGUUUACCGCGCGCUCGGCCUAUGUGGGCUGCGACAACGGUGGUCAGAACUCCAGCUCGGCCUGUGACUUUGUUGCAACUUCCUAUCAAUGGGACAAUACCUCGGCCAGUGAGGUGUUGGUUGCAACUCAACAUUUCAAGAUUCCACCGUGUCCGGACUUCAAGAAUUGCCAACUCACGAAGAUCACUUUCAACUACUUGUUUUACAAGAUGACGACUCUGAGUUUCUACGCCAAUGUGCAUGGCAGAGUCAGUAUCUUCUGGCUUGACAGCUUGGACCUGAACUGGUACAACAACACUUGCGCAGCUGGACUGACUCGCAUUUCGUCUCGGAAGAUUCGACUUUGA